AUGACCACCACCAUCCGCCAGUUCACCUCCUCCAGCUCCAUCAAGGGCUCCUCCGGCCUGGGCGGUGGUUCAUCUCGAACCUCCUGCCGACUGUCUGGCAGCCUCGGUGCAGGCUCCUGCAGGCUGGGGUCAGCUAGUGGCCUGGGCAGUGCUCUUGGGAGCAACAGUUAUUCUAGCUGCUACAGCUUUGGCACUGGCAGUGGUUAUGGAGGCAACUUUGGGGGUGUCGAUGGUCUGCUGGCUGGAGGGGAGAAGGCCACCAUGCAGAACCUCAACGACCGCCUGGCCUCCUACCUGGACAAGGUGCGCGCCCUGGAAGAGGCCAACACUGAACUGGAGGUGAAGAUCCGAGACUGGUACCAGAAGCAGGCCCCAGGGCCAGCCCGUGACUACAGUGCUUAUUACCAUACCAUUGAGGAUCUGAAGAACAAGAUCCUCGUGGCUACUGUGGACAAUGCCAGCAUCCUGCUCCAGAUUGACAAUGCCCGCCUGGCAGCUGAUGACUUCCGUACCAAGUUUGAGACAGAGCAGGCCCUGCGCAUGAGUGUGGAGGCUGACAUCAAUGGCCUGCGCCGGGUGCUGGAUGAGCUGACCCUGGCCAGAGCUGACUUGGAGAUGCAGAUUGAGAAUCUCAAGGAGGAGCUGGCCUACUUGAAAAAGAAUCACGAGGAGGAGAUGAAUGCUCUGAGAGGCCAGGUGGGCGGCGAAAUCAACGUGGAGAUGGACGCAGCUCCUGGUGUGGACCUGAGCCGCAUCCUGUCAGAGAUGCGUGAUCAGUAUGAGAAGAUGGCGGAGAAGAACCGCAAGGAUGCUGAAGACUGGUUCUUCAGCAAGACCGAGGAGCUGAACCGCGAGGUGGCCACCAACAGCGAGCUGGUGCAGAGCGGCAAGAGCGAGAUCUCCGAGCUCCGGCGCACCAUGCAGGCCCUGGAGAUUGAGCUGCAGUCCCAGCUCAGCAUGAAAGCAUCCCUGGAGGGCAGCCUGGCAGAGACAGAGAACCGCUACUGCGUGCAGCUGUCUCAGAUCCAGGGGCUGAUCGGCAGUGUGGAGGAGCAGCUGGCUCAGCUGCGCUGCGAGAUGGAGCAGCAGAAUCAGGAGUACAAGAUCCUGCUGGAUGUGAAGACAAGACUGGAGCAGGAGAUCGCCACCUACCGCCGGCUGCUGGAGGGCGAGGACGCCCACCUGUCCUGGGGAGCACAGCUCACACAGGGGUCGCAGCAGAAUGCAGGGUGGAGAGAAGCUGUGACCACCCGCCAGGUGCGUACCAUUGUGGAAGAGGUGCAGGACGGCAAGGUCAUCUCAUCCCGGGAACAAGUCCACCAGACCACCCGCUAAGGACUCAGCGCCUUCUGGCCAGUUCCCCGAGGCGGCUGUGGAGAGGCAGCUUCCUUCUUGGCUUGGCAGCCUAUAACCUCUCCAGCAUCAGUCUCCUGCUUCAGCCUCUUCCCAGCAUUCCUAUGCUUGAUCCCAUUAAAGCUUGCUGAU